AUUGCCUAUAAAUAAUUAUGAGACCCUGCAUUUACGCACCACUUAAAAAAUAAUCACUUAAGCUAACGAAACUUUUAUCCAGAGCAUUGACAACCGUGUUAGUGAUCACACUUUGUGAAGAAUAUUCCAACGUUCUAUCAUUAUUUUCCUAAACAUUAUUAUACUUUAUCUAAUUGUUCUCCAACAAAUGAUUCACUCUAUAAGACAUUUAUUGUUGAUUAGCUUUAUUUUCAUAAAUUUAAUUUACUUUCAAUCUGUUAUAGUUGAAAGUAAAAUUGAUGACACUGAUGAAUUCGAGAGAGAGUCUGCUGAUGCACCCACAAGAUCAUUCUAUUGUUGUGCCAGACAUGAAAAGAAGAUUGGCGUGGGCCAUGGUCUAUCAGGUGAAAUAAUCACUGUCGAUGUAGGACACUGUCGAAAGGUUUGUCCACGUCAUGCUACAGAUGAUCCCGGAGACCCAAGCAAGCCGGCAGUUCAACGGUGUCCCCUUCACUCGCAAUGUUAUCCAAGAUUUUCACGGAUGGAACGAAUUUCUACACUUCAAGGAGUAAAAAUAAUCGAGACUAUUGAUAAUUGUGAUUGUUCAUUAGAGUCUGAAUGCCGACGAGUUUCCUUCGAACAAUUGAUUCAUUCAGGAACACCAUAUCAAGUUAACAUAGAUACUGGUCUCUGUAUAGGAACAUGUCCUAAAGUGCUUGGUUGUAAACCCAUUAAAAACCGCACUGUCAGCAUAAAAGGUCCAAAUGGUGAUGAAAUAUAUCAAGUGAUUGAAAAAUGUGGCUGUGCUGAAAGCUGUCAUCGAAUGGAUCGAACUGAAAGUUUUCUUGACUAUAGCCAGCUUGAAAUAAAACAAGGAAGUAAUACAAGUGAUGUUCGACCAACUGUUAGACAUAUAAACGUUGGAGAAUGUGUUGGUUCUUGUCCUGGAAACCGAACAGAAACGUGUCUUCUACGAGAUAAAAAAGAUCCCAUAAGAUGUCUGGCCGGUCUAUAUUCAAAGCAACAUAACUGCACACCAGCACGGUUUAAAGUUCAUGAAUAUCGAACACGAAGAGGCUCUAAAAGGGAAAUUAUUCAAAUUGUUGAAUGCGCUUGCGUCUGAUUGGGUAGAAAUAGACUACAAAAAGUGCAAGAUCAUUCCAAAGCGUCACGGUCAUCUCUUCGAGAUCUUUUGGUGCCGCGUCACCAUCAACCUUUUUUUAUAUCUCUUUCAUGAAGUUUGUGACACCAUAUAUGGCUGAGCAGUUACAUCCUUUUUGUUGACC